UUUUUUGGUUGCUUGGGUUUUUUCCCCAUAUUGGAUCAUCUCACUGACACCCAACUAACAUAUAGGAAUGAAUGCUUCCUAUAAGAAGUUUGAACCACCCAUUCACCUUCUUGAUGCAUUUUAUGAGUCUAAGUACUGAAACAAGAGUGUUAGUUCCACUUAGCAGGGUAACAAGUUCAGGCAAAGCAACUGUCUCCUCAGACAUUUCAAAGGUGUAUUGAUAGCUGCAGCUUUUCUGUUUCUUCCACUUACAGUAUGCUGAGUGUUACAGUGAUUGUUUCUUAAUGCUUCAUAAAGGUGAGAAAAGCUUCCAAAUGCAAUUUAGCUGCACUUAAAGGCUCGACAUUCAGGAAACAUAAUUUGUUUUUACUUAUCUUUUAAAAUAUUUUCAGAUAUUUUUAUCCCUUUUACACAUUUGGUAUUGAUGGAACUCGGUUCCUUCUUUCCAUGAAUUGGAGGUAAGGCAUCUAGCUAUUGUCUGUCCUUCAGAGCCUACAUGGUCAUGAAGUUUUUACUUGAACAGAUUCUGCUUCUGAUUUAUUGUGUAAUUAGAUCCAGUUAGGGCUGUAGGAAAAGCUUUGGUUAACAAAAUUUUGUCAGAGGUUAUCCAUUCUGCCAAAUUCGGAGCAGCCUUUGGUUAUGUUAUUUAGAAAAAUAAACCCAGCACAUCCCUGAGUAUUUUCUUUUUCCUUUCCUUCCCAUGACCAUUUGCUCUUUUGUGUGCUUGGCAACUGAAUUUCUGUGUAUUCCUUUUAUAAUAAAGUACUUUCAGUAGUAUGGAAGACAGGCUUACAACUUAUGUCUCUGGAAAUAAAAGAAGUGAAAAGAUAUUGUGUGGUAUACUACUUCAAGUUACAUGUUGACUAGUGUUUUGAAAUACAGUUGUUCUGUGCUCACUGCUAAAGAUUUUUGCUGAACAGUAUGUAACAAUAAAAAAUAUUCAAGAGCUAAAAAUACAGGAUUACUACAUGCUUUGACCUGUGGUCAGUGAGUUGGCAGGAAUAGCCUUAUAUUGUUUGUUCAAGGUUUGUUGGUUUGUUUGAAGAGAACAAUUAUAGGAUGAUCAUUAAAAAUAUUGACAUACUGUUUUUCAAGAGCAGAGGAUUAAAAACACACCUUGAAGAAAGAGGAGAAUAUAUAAAAAACUGGCGGCCAAGAUAUUUCCUGCUAAAGACAGAUGGCUCUUUCAUAGGCUAUAAGGAGAAGCCCCAGGAUGUGGAUCUGCCAUAUCCACUCAACAACUUUUCAGUGGCAAAAUGUCAGCUAAUGAAAACAGAGCGACCAAAGCCAAACACGUUCAUUAUCAGAUGUCUUCAGUGGACCACUGUCAUAGAGAGGACGUUCCACGUAGACACGCCAGAGGAACGGGAAGAAUGGACAGAAGCAAUCCAGGCUGUAGCAGACAGACUUCAGAGGCAAGAAGAGGAGAGGAUGAACUGUAGUCCAACUUCACAGAUAGACAAUAUAGGAGAAGAAGAGAUGGAUGCUUCAACAACCCAUCAUAAAAGAAAGACAAUGAAUGAUUUUGACUAUUUAAAACUACUGGGCAAAGGCACGUUUGGCAAAGUUAUCCUGGUCCGAGAGAAGGCUAGUGGGAAAUACUACGCUAUGAAGAUUUUGAAGAAAGAAGUCAUUAUUGCAAAGGAUGAAGUAGCUCAUACGCUUACAGAAAGCAGAGUAUUGAAAAAUACCAGACACCCUUUUUUAACAUCCUUGAAAUAUUCCUUCCAGACAAAGGAUCGUUUGUGUUUUGUGAUGGAGUACGUUAAUGGAGGAGAGCUGUUUUUCCAUUUGUCGAGAGAGCGGGUGUUCUCAGAGGACCGCACACGCUUCUAUGGUGCAGAAAUUGUCUCUGCCCUGGACUAUCUGCAUUCUGGGAAGAUUGUGUACCGUGAUCUCAAGUUAGAAAAUCUAAUGUUGGAUAAAGAUGGACACAUAAAAAUUACAGAUUUUGGACUUUGCAAAGAAGGAAUCACAGACGCAGCAACUAUGAAAACAUUCUGUGGUACUCCAGAAUACCUGGCACCUGAGGUGUUGGAAGAUAAUGACUAUGGUCGUGCAGUGGACUGGUGGGGAUUAGGAGUUGUCAUGUAUGAGAUGAUGUGUGGAAGAUUACCAUUCUACAACCAAGAUCAUGAGAAAUUAUUUGAACUGAUACUAAUGGAGGACAUAAAAUUUCCUCGAACUCUGUCUGCAGAUGCAAAGUCAUUACUAUCAGGCCUACUGAUAAAGGAUCCAAAUAAGCGGCUUGGUGGAGGCCCAGAUGAUGCAAAAGAAAUCAUGCGUCAUAGUUUCUUUGCUGGAGUAAACUGGCAAGAUGUAUAUGAUAAAAAGCUUGUACCUCCUUUUAAACCUCAAGUGACAUCUGAGACAGACACCAGGUAUUUUGAUGAAGAAUUUACAGCUCAGACUAUUACAAUAACGCCGCCUGAAAAAUAUGACGAGGAUGGUAUGGACUGCAUGGACAAUGAGAGGCGGCCGCAUUUCCCCCAGUUUUCCUACUCUGCAAGUGGACGAGAAUAACUUUUUUGUUCUGCUGCUUCACUGUCAUCUUAGGUUUAUCACUGAAAAUGAUUCCUGAACAUCACCACCAGUACUAGAUACUAUUUAAGAUAGCAGGGGCACUUUCAGAGACCAUUCCAAAUUGAACAAGUUGCUCUCCCAAACCUACCUAAAAUCCAUUUUGGUUUGCAUGAAAUAGGAGAAUUUCUCUACUACGCUCUCCCGCUGUUGCUACUGCCCACAGUCUCAGUAUAAUAGCAAUGUCAAGAAGUUACGAACAGUUUCUCUGAAGGUAGAUGACUUGGCUUCAGCAAUGUACACCUUUUGCAUAAGUAGUCAUCUAUUUUUCCUCACAGUGGAGGCUAAACAAAAAACAUGUUGGUCCAGCUUAUCUUCUUCAAGAAGAUGAAUCAAAAAUGUAAUAGUCUAAAGAGACUAAUCUAUAACCUUUCCUUGCAUCUGUUUGUGCUGGUUAGAACAAGGCAACAUAGGGGUGGUGAUGUACAUAUGCAAGGUUUUUGUUAGGCAUAUCAUUACUUGAAGCAGGUCUCUGUCAUUAACAUCUGGCUGGAAUUUGUUUGGGGAAUGUUUGCGAGAAGGACUUAAACUGUUGAUACAUAUAAAUAUAUAUAUAUAUUAUUUUUUAAUUACUGUUGGAUACUACAGAAGAAGCAGAAGGGCUGGGCUCACCCAGCCUGCCACUUAGAACUUCCAGGUUCAUGUGCAAUCAUGGAGAAUCGAACAUUAUACAUGCAAGAAAUGAAGGCAUAAAAGCAGCAGUUUAAGGGGUCUUAUAAUUUGCACCAGAUAACAUCUUUCUCAUGCUUUUCUUUUUCUUUUGUGAUAUAUAUCACCUCUGAUGGCUGAAGAAUGUAGACAGGCAUAAUGGUAUUGCUCUUCACCAAAAUGUGUGCACCAAGGUAAACAGGUGUUUGCCUUACUCGUUUUUCUUUUGAGGUUGUGAAUUAGCUUUUUCUCCAGGUGUUUAACUCUGAACAUUCUUUUUUUUGUUUGUUUGUUUUUUUGGUUAUACUGCGGUAGUAUUUAUUUUUAGAGAUAAGGAUUGUAUGUGUCAUGUUUGCAAAUGCUGCUACAUCUUAGAUAGAACAGGCUUAGAGCAGUUAAUUUUGUACUAUAUGGAAGGACUGUACAAGCUGAAGGGAAUAAUGCACUUUUCUCCCAUGUGGAAAUUUUAACAAGGCUCUGAAAUUGUACAUACUGCCUAGAAUCAGAUUUUUGUGAAAGAAAUACUGUCAUUUAAUCGUUUGGCAGUGGAGGUGAGGAAUUCCAACUUCAUGUGCCAAAGGGUUAAAAACAAGCAGACAAAAAAGCUACAUCUUGUGCUCCGUAAACGUAAUGUAAGAGGCUGACAGCACAAUAGAAAAUUUCUGUUCUGUAUGAAGGAAUUGCGUUUGAACAACGAGACCACCAUGAUUACAAGAAAAGCACUUUAUUUUAAUGAUUAAAAUAGUAAAUUUCUGGGAUGAGCCAUUCUCAAGGAAGGUUUGCCCUCAACCAAAAGAGUCCCAAAACCCAGCAUGUUACAUGUAACCGUGGUACCUGAUUGACUGAAUUUAAAGCAUCACAAGAAAUGCUCCACCGAUAGGAAAAGGUCUUUCCAUUUCCGAAGAUCUGUCUCUAACAGAACAUGUGCAUAAACUUCAGCUUUGAUCUUUAGCAAUGAUAAUCUUAAUAAUAAACCCUUUGGUGCUAGGAGUCGGGACGUUAGGCAGUGCAGUGGUAGCGCGCACGUGUCCUUGCUAAUGACACCCGAAACCCCUGACUCCGUGGGAUUAUCGUUCGAAGUAUCUCUGCGUUCGGAUCGUGUUAGGUCCCAUGAAGACUGUGAUAGCGCAGAGUAUUGCUGGUUGUGUUGUGUGAAUGAGUAGAUGAGUCUGAGAGGAGAGAUAUUCCUCCGCAGAUGCCUUAGCCUCUUGAUGCGGAAGGUUGCGUGCCCUAGCAUGAAGCCCACUGCUGGCAGUGCAUGUGCUGGGACAGUCAAGGGGUAGACAGGCAUUUAGCAAGGCAGCUAAAGAUGCAGACUAAUUUAGACAAUUCUUGAUGUUUUGUGUUUUCUCUUUAGUAAUGGAUGGAUAAUCAGUCAGAAAUAUAUCAUGAUGUAUAUCCUAACUACAUAAGAUCUCCUGUCACCUUGUAACACUAAACACGUCUCGGGAUUAGAUUAUCCCUCUGCAGAGAGAGGAGCACAGCACAUGCAUUGCAGGUCUGUUUGGCACUGGUAGCAUAGAGGUGUCUGCGCUGAUGCAGUGAGUGACUGACUGACUGAAGUAACUGAGUACUUAUCAGAUGGGCAUUAAUUAGUUCUCUGCAAAGGACUCAUGCUUACAGCCUGAAACUGUGGUGAUUCAAAAUCUGUGUUAUAUGCCUGUGUUUUUCCCCCUGUGUUGUCAGCUUGUAACAGCAAUAAAUUUCUUGACACAGGGCUCCUAUAGCUAAUGCCCAACCAGCGCCGUGCCUCUGGCCAGCCGCUCCUUGUGUGCAGAAGCAGCCCUGUGGUUAGCGCACCAUUGCGUAGCGAGCUAGAAUGUGGUUUGCAGUAAAUACCUGUCAGUGAGCUAUUUCAAAACCCUUUGAAGACUUCACUUUGCAUUGGGUUGUCUGCCUUCCAGAACAUCAUUGGGGAAGUUUAUGCUACAGAGAGAGUCAGCAGCGGCUUCAUGCUUCCCAGGGUUGGGGAAUUCUCUUUCUUACCAGUGUUAGAAAGGGAUGAAGGACAAAUGGGCAGGUGAUGCCGCAAGGAACUCUUGAAGCUCUCCUUUUGCUGUUCACAGCUGUGGUUAGAUUUGGGUGGGAGGUGGUGGCGGUUACUUUGGCGAGCCUUUGGAGCACAGUACGUUUCAGACUUUGACUCCAGCUUGUACUGACUUCCAUGACCUAGAGUAUGCCCUCUUGUACUGCAGCCAUCUCGGAGGAAGUAGGUCAUUUCUGUUUGGAUUUUGGCAGUUUUGCACACAGCUUCGCUUUCCACACUAAUCCAUCUUCCAGUACAUUCCUGUCGCUUAAAGAACAUUUAUUACAGUAUUGUUUUACGUUUUUUUCCAUCUUUACUUGCGGCUUCUUCAAGCUGACUGUUCUUGCAGGGGCCAUGUGCUUCUCCUAGAGUACAAAAGUAAGGUCUUUCCUUACUAACUGCAGGGUCUAUAUAUUACACCUCAAUGUACACACUUUGCUGCUACUGUUUGUACUGUCUACAGUAGAAUUUCCUUAUCUUGCUCCUGGUAGUGCAUUACAGGCAAGCAUGAAAUGUAAAGUAUUUAUUUAAAUAAAAACCUCUAAAUUGGUAAUUGAAUUACCUCCCUGUAGCUUUAGAGUUUGUGACAUUUCUUGACCUUGCUAGUUCUUUCAUUAGAUCCAUGCAAGAUCUAGUCAUAUGGUUAAGGAUAUUAAGCAGACACGACUAUGAACCCAAGAAACCGUAUUACUGUAGGUCAUACUUAAACUGUUUAUUUCCUUAAGUAUAUGACCCACAAGGAUGUGAAAUAACUACAAGAAACUGUUUUUGUACACUGUACAUCCUUAGUAUUUUUACACGUAUAUGAUAGGGAUGCACAUUAUUUUCCUUCGUACAGACAGCUUAAAUAAAGCACUAUGUCAAUCUGCUACUUCUGUGUUUUUUAAUGCUAAUUUGUUCUGGAGGUUUGUAAAUAUAUAUAUAUGUUCAAGCUUGCCACAAAGGACGUAUUUUUUUAUAUCUGCACAUUGCUAUUAAAUAUCUUAGAGGAUAAAAUUCCGAAGUUGUUCUGUGUCAGAGAAAGAAAAACUGAAAUGAGAAGGCUAUAUUGCAGAUUACGAAAGAUUUCUUGAGUUUUGGGUUAAAUAUUUACUUCAUAUUUUAAAGUAAUUUUAUAUAGGUUAGAUGUUUCAAUCCUGAAAUGCACAAAGAAUUUACUUAAUUUCUUCUUACAAGAAAAUGUACAUCGUUAUUUUUUUAUCACUCUGUAUAUAAUGACCUGUGCAUGUUUAGUUACAAGUUUUAUUUGCUGUGAAGUCCUAGUGAUAACUGUAACUCGCUGUGACGUAUUUCAAAUGCUGGGUGAUCAGUUUCAGCUUGUACAUUAUUAAGUUACAGUAUUGUCAAAAAAAAAAAAAGUUUUUAUGACCAAGCAAGAUGUAUCUGUGCUUUGGACCGAGGCUGUUCCCAUACAGAUGGAUCAUGUUAACUCCACGAGGCACAUGUCACUUGUAAAAGGAAAUUUGGGUUACGCUUUGGAAGGAACAGUGGGCUAUGUUCCUAUCAGAACACCCACGAUUGAAGUGACUUGUCAUCUGAUGAAAUUCCUAGCCUUGCAUCCUGGAGCUAAGUAAUGCCUUAGUGUAAGGAAAGGUAAAAACGGGCAGGUAGGAUUUGCAGGGCCACCUUGGAGUGGGAUUCUGAAGCCCAUGAGCCAUUUGCGGCAGCUGGCUGGGAGGGCUGAGUGUCCCUAGAGCAGCCAGUCACCUCAGGCAGGAAUGCUGCCUUGGAAUUAGAGGUGCUUCAUCCAGCUCUCAGGUUUUUUUUUUCCUUUUUUUCCCUUCUUUUUUUUUUUCUCCCCCACCUUGUAAUCGGAAAGUGCAUGAGCUGGUAGUUUGAUGGGAAUAGGUGAUUGGUGACCAGGACUCAGCUGCAGCAGUGGCAGGACUGUCUGGCCAGGCUGCCUCCUGUGUCACAGGAUCCCACCCUGGCUGUGGAUGUGGGAUCUCCUGGAUUUGGUCACCUGGUCUGACACUUGUAAACUUUGUAAACCCAAGCAUUUUGUGCCUAAGGAGAAGCUGGGGGCGGGGAGGCGGGAAGAGGGGGGUGUCGUGUGUGUAGAGCUUGGGCCAGGUAGAUCUGGUGCUGCCUGUGCUUAAUUGCUGCAAAAGAGAGUAGCUGCUGCAGGGAAAUGGAUUACUUCUAGACUCCCAGCAACACACUGGAUUGAGCCUACUCCCCACCCAGGAUGCAUUGAUAUGAAGCCUGGCCAUGCAUGUAGGUGAGGCAGGUCCAAAAGGUUGAGGGUCCAGCUGUGCCUUGGGCCAGGGCACAGCAGCUCCAGGAUCUCAGUGAAGCCUAAAGCGUUGGGUGCCGAGUCCCUUUGCACGUGUAGCUUAUAGGCACUUUCUCCUAUCUGCGCACAGAUUUAUGCUGUGGAAUAAUAAAAAAUAGAUUGAAACAAUAAGUUUGCAUAUUCCUACAUUUAUAAAUGUAUAUUCUUACCUGUGUAACCAUCUAUAAAGUAGUGACACUUUAAAAAUUGUCAGCCUGAUUACUUUGGAAAACCCAUUGUUUGACUGGACUUUUUGUUGUCAGGCUUUCUUGUCCUAAAGACUUGAGGCCAUUUUAAGCGUGUUUAUUGUCAGACUGGUGAAGCAGUUCAAGGAGGCGAUCAGAUGUGUUUGGCAGUUUAAUACAGCAGGAAAUUGAAAUAGGGAGGAAAACCCACUUUGAUGUUAGGGCUGUACCACUAAUAAUACAAGGCAAGGAAAGAUUGUGUCCCACACACAGCAAACGGUAACUUCUUGCACGUGUUGUUACUUACUUCUAUUUUUGUUCCAUCUGAUGCGUUCAUGCUGGCUGAGGUAGCUCUGUUUAUGGGGAACUGUUCUUCGCACUUUUUUCCUCCCUUUACUAAUGCAAUUCUACAGCUACACUGAAGGUAAUAGACGUAGAAAAUUUUUCUUAUGUACGUAGUUUAUCCUGCACUAGUUAGUAGAAGAUUUAGCUAAAUUCUUUCUGAAACAGUCUGGUAUUUGGAAAGGAACUUUUCAAAACACAGGUGUGCAGUUAACCAGAAAAAAGCCCUCCAUCUAUAUCCUCCAAAUGUUUUAAGUUCAGUAAUGUGAAGCCAAGUUCAGCUGGUGCCCAUCCCAGAGACUGCUCAGUAUUUGCUGGUGGGAAAGUCUCCUGUCACCCCCGCAGGUGAUCUGUACCACCUGAUGAGGAUGCCUUUCUCUUAAAGGCUUUAUCCAGUGACUUCUGCCCAUGGAAAUGCUUCCACAUUAUAUGGAGUAUUUCUCACUCAUCCUUAGGCUUUUCUGAUGGAUAAGAAGUGGUUGGGACUCUCACUUUUGUUAUAAAAAGUGACAAAUACCUUGUAAAAAUAAAGUUUCCAGGUAGAUUCUGGCAAUGAGUUUAUAGACAGGAAUGCAGUCGGCUCGUGCAGGGCUUACAAGCAGUCCCC